AUGGCUUUAAAAACUCUUAUAUCUAAUAAGGUGAUACCGAAAAACAUUAUCUCUCCAAAAGAGUCUUGGUGGAACAAACAACAAGCCGACAAUGUCAUGAAAAUAGCGACAUCAUUAUUUGCAGAUUCAUUUGCAUCAAUUUCACUUUUGUGCCAAAAUUUUACAUACGGAAAUAUGACUCAGCCAAUUUUUUAUACAUCGUAUGAACACUUUACUUCGGAGAUACGAGAAGAGCUGUUACGAUUAGAAAAUCGUUCUAAGUAUCUUCAAAGUGAUUACAAUAUCGGAAAAGUGAAGGUAGAGGAAGAUAAAGACGCGCUGACAGAGUUGUUAUCUGUUCCGUUUAUCUUGGAUCCAAAAUUGAGAACAAUUCAAAAUGUUCAUAAUUUGGUUUAUCAAACGUUAGAUCAGCUUCAAAAUAAAGAAAACUGUGAAGAUAAGAAAAUAAUUCGGUGCACAUACUCUGGUGAUGGUGAUUUUGCAUCCAUAAUGGCAAAAUAUGCAAUAUGUUUACAGAUUGCAUUUGCGACAAAACGUAUGUAUUUCAUUGAUUAUGAACUUCACUACAAAAAUUUAGGCUGGUUUACUGAACUUGAAUCAACGAAAUGCAGGUUUUUGAAACACAAGCUUUCAUCUAUUGAAAAUAAAUGCAAUUUCAACGACGCCAGAUGCAAAGAGAUCGCUUUACAAGUAAACAGUCCAUAUAAACUAUUGAAACUAACUGAUUUUAAAAAUUUAUCCAGUUUAAGACACAUCCAUGGUAUGAUGUCGAAGAUAAUGGAAGAGGAUUUGAGAGAGUCAGGUGUUAAAAAUCCAACUCUUUGGUUCACAUCACAGUUCUACGGUUAUAUGUUAAGACCAAGCAAAGUUUUUAAAAAAAGAUUUAAUUAUCUAAUGAGAUUCGUUAACCUUCAAAAGCCAGCUGUUGGGUUUGCAGUGCAAGGUGAUAACAACACUUUUUUUAAUUUCUCAUAA